AUGUCAACUGGAUAUUUUAGAUCUAACAUUAAUUCUUUACAAUUUAAAAAUUUUGCAAAUUCUGCAGUAUAUUUGCUUAAUUCACUUAAUUUGCAAAAUUUGCAGAAUAGUAAUUUGGUAAUCCAUGAAGUGAAAUUAGAUAAGAAGUAUGUUGAACAUUUAACUUAA